UUCAUAUAGGCCAGAUGGGGCUGCUGCGGCUACUGGUAGGCUCAGAAGGCUUUUAUCAUCCAUCCUAAUGGUUAACCACCAUUUCAAAUACAAGAGAAGACUCCAGAUCCAGUCCCAGAGGAAUCCAGCUCAGCUGAUCGAACGUCUACAAGAUAACGUGGUGACGUUACGCUUUUUCCCGCUUGAUAUUUUCACUCCCGCAUCAUAUUUCACUUACUUUCAGAUAUGGGAAAAGCAGUUCAGGGCGUACGCUUCAGGAGCAUUAAGAUUAAGGUGCUGAGGAGGUCUAUCACUGGCCCUGCAAAGGUUUCUUACCUAUAUCAAGGUCUCCCCGAGCCCAACUGCAAACUGACCCACCCUUCAGACCCUCACAAGUCUAUUACACCUCAACAGGCUGAACCUGAUGAUGUGGUACCGAGCUGCAGCUCAUGUUCUGAGACUGCGUACAGUAAGGCAAAGAAGAGAGAGCUUCAUGCCUGGGAUGCAGUUAAGGAUGACAUGCUUAAGGUGUCAUUUGAAGGUUCAGCACCAAUCACUACCCAGUGUGUUGUCUGCCAAGAACAUGGAGAUUAUAGGUGUGUCAAAUGCAGCACCACUGCAGUGUCUUGUGAGGCUUGUCUGAAAAGGACUCACAGAAAUUCACUGCACCUUCCUGAUAAGUGGAGCAAUGCUUACUAUGAGCCAUCCACCCUGAGGUUAUUCCUAUAUUUACCUGAAGGCCAUGGCACCCAUGCAUUCUACACAAAGGACAUGAAGGUCAUUGUCAGCACAGGACGGCUCUGCACCGUCACAGUCAAUAUGUGUGCGUGUGAACCAGAAACGUGCACUCUGCUAAGGUAUGGGCUCUGGCCAGCAACAGCCGACAAGCAUCAGACAGCCUUCUCCAUCCCUCUGCUAGAGCUUUUUGUUUGUCUGUCACUGGAGUGUCAGGUUUCUGUUGAGGGUUUUUGCAACACCCUGCGCUGGAAAAAUAACCUUACACUUGCAGAGGCUAACGCACUUUACAGAGCCCUGGUGGGAGAAUCCAUAUCUCAUUUUAGGCAUCACCACUUCCGAAAAAUAAGUUUGGUAGAUGUUUGCCCACAAUUAGGUGAUGGGACCACAUGUCCAGCAUGUCCAAAGGCGGAUGGAGAUGUGAUAGUGACAUUGGAUGCCAACUUUGGCCUUGUGAGAAAGCAAAGCUCAGGGACAAGUGCGAUUGAGCCAUUACAUGGAACCCGCAUGUUUGUUGGUGAAAAGGAUGUAGAGGAAUACCUGCUAUCACAUCUUGACAGCUCAAAGCCUCACGAGGACUGCAGUAACUUCAAGGCUGGCAACGUCCUGAGGUCACCGCAACAAGCUAAGAAACUUGAUGUUACAGGAGUGUUUGGAGCCUCCUGUCGUCAUGAAAUUCCCCUAAUGUUUGUCAACAUGAGCCAAGGAGAACGGCAAUUCUAUGCCACAGUAGUGAUAAUUCUCCUGUUUUAUUCUACUUAUUCAAAAACAUUUUUGAAUAGCUUGACCCUAGCAUUAGCCAUAUUUUAAUUUUAUAUGUCACCAAAUAUGAACCUCACAGAAUGUAAAUGGGGGAUUCCAAAAUAUUACAAAAUUUGAACUUUACCACCAUUCUAUAAUCUUCACUUAUCUAAGAAAA